AUGGUACCUCAGGAAUCGAAACACGAAAGCAAAGAGAGUGAUGAUGGGGCUCGUAGAACAUUGGAACGGGAAUUGUCACCCCCCGUAGCAGCAGGACGGAAAAGGUGGAAUUCCCCGAAUCAUCCUUCACAGAGAGGGCAGCACAAGGCAGCACAAGUUAGAAUCUCAACCGCCCCAAGAGAAGGAUCCAAAGGCGAAAAGAUGACUGAAAGAACGAGAAAAAGAGAUCGAUAUUGCCGGCCAAUAGGGCUGUCGCGGCACCCCCCGGACACUGGCGGGCAGAGAGCGAGCCCUGGGGAAGAAAGGGAGCCCAACCCCUGGUCGGUUGACCAACUUAAAUGA